AUGGCUUAUGAAUUAACUGAACAAAAAAAGAUUGGCCUGGGUCUCAUUGGUUUUGGUAUCUUCUUCUCCUUUCUUGCCAUAAUUCUCUUUUUCGACAGAGGUUUGCUAGCUCUUGGUAAUAUAUUUUGGUCGGCUGGCGUAGUCCUCUUACUUGGUUGGCGUUCCACAUUGAAUCUGUUCACAAACAGAAGUAACUAUAAGGGUUCCAUCGCAUUUCUACUUGGGAUAUUCUUUAUAUUCGUUCGUUGGCCAGUAGUUGGUAUAAUGGUGGAAAUGUAUGGCUGCAUAGUCCUUUUUAGUGGUUUUUGGCCGUCUAUCAAGGUCUUCAUUUAUCAGAUUCCAGUAUUUGGAUGGGUUCUACAGUAUCCUAAUCUGCUUAUUAAUCGAUUUUGGAGGAGCUCUGGUUGA